CCAAUAAGAGCCGACUCUCGGCUCCCAAAGCGGCUCGUUGCCUUUAUUAUUAUUAUUAAUAUUUUUAACCCAGACAAAGGUUGCGAUAAUUUGACCAGCGAGAGAGGUUCUCUUGCGAAUAAAUAACGACGAAAGGGACAUUUCAGUGCUAUAUCUAAAUCUAAACAAACGAACCCACGAAUGUUUUAUCUCAUUUAAUUCACUUCCUGGAGUUACUGAAGGAAUGAUAAAUGAAUGAAUUCACGCUAACGAACAGCUCGAGAUAUUUCCUGGUAGGCAGUUUGAUGAAAUUACGCUGUAACGACAAUGUUUACAUCUACCUAAAAAAUUUACCCUCAACAGUCACAUCUAGGAGACGACUCAAGGAGCCGGAUCAUUCGAGGCGACACAUGACUAGCUGCUAGCUAGCAAGCCGCGCGUGCUGUUUAACGGCAUGGCCGGGUUGAGUGUGGCUCCUGUGGUAGUUUGUAAGCAGUACAUAGUAACUAGUUUGCUCUAGUAAGUGGGUCGUUAUCUAGCUCCUAACAUGUCGGUUGUGACAGUGCAGUUAGGUCAGUGCGGUAAUCAGAUUGGACCAGAGGUGUUUAGCACUGUGUAUGAGGACUCCACUGGAGCAAAUGCAAAACCAUACAAACAGUGCAGUGAUGAGAGACUCUUCAGGGAGAAUUCAGACGGAGCGCUGGUUGCACGAGCAGUUCUUAUUGACAUGGAACCCAAAGUAAUUACUCAAGCCAUAGCAAAGGCAUCAAGCUCAGGAAAAUGGAGAUAUGGGGAAAAAUCCCACUUCUGCCAGAAGCAAGGCUCUGGAAACAAUUGGGCAAACGGUUACUGUGUUCAUGGCCCUCAGCACAAGGAGGCAGUGGAAGAUCUGGUGAGGCGGGAGGUAGAACGCUGCGAUCGCCUUGCAGGAAUAUUUGCCAUGAUGAGUGUGGCAGGGGGUACAGGUUCUGGAGUGGGCACCUAUGUCACCCAGUGUCUGCGAGACACUUAUCCGCAUUCAUUUAUUCUCAAUCACCUGACAUGGCCCUAUGGAACAGGAGAGGUUAUCGUGCAAAACUAUAAUUCGGUUCUCACGCUGUCUCGUCUCUACACGCUGUCUGACGCACUCGUGGUGCAUGAGAACGACACGGUUCACAAAAUCUGCAGCCAGCUGAUGAACAUCAAGCACAUCUCUAUCUCUGACCUUAACAAGGUGAUCGCUCAUCAACUGGGCAGCGUGCUGCAGCCUGCAUACACCGCAGACUCGCCUGUUCACUACAGCAGAAACCCCAUAGGUGAAUUGCUGAGCUCCCUGGUGUGUCAUCCUGAAUACAAACUGCUCACUGUGCUGAACAUUCCUCACAUGUCUCAGACAUCUCUGGCUUACAGUGCCUACACCUGGCCUGGCCUGCUCAAGCAUUUAAGACAAAUGCUUAUUGCCAAUGCCAGAAUGGAGGAAGGUAUCGAUUGGAAAGUGUGUGUGCCGUCGAGAAGAUCAGAGAGCGCAACAAACACCCAAAUGGGUUUUAACCGAUCCCUCUCGAAUCUCCUAAUACUGCGGGGUAAAAAUGGUUCCUCUGCUGAUGUAGAGGCUUUUAAGGAGCCUGGACUCUACGUGCCAUGGAUUCCAGCAGAUGGCACUUUCCAUACGUGGCACUGCCCUGUGCCCUUCAGUGGCUAUGAGAAGUUGGCCACUUUAAUCAGCAAUAGCCAGUCACUUUUGAAUCCUCUGGAUCAUAUUGUUAAGAAGGCCUGGGACAUGUUUGCCUCAAGGGCCUAUAUUCAUCAAUACACCAAAUUUGGAGUUUCAGAAGAAGACUUUCUCGAAAGCUUUACCACGUUGGAACAGAUUGUCUCCAGCUACACACACCUCUGAACCGACCUCAUUCAUUUAAAAUGACUUUUUGAAUUCUUUUAAACUUAUCUAAAGAGAAAGUGUCUGUGUGAAUGUUUGUCCUUGCCGUAUUUUCUACAAGCUGUGUAUAGAAUUAAAUUAGCAUACAUUUUCAA